CCGUUCCCGAAGCGCCAAUCUACGUAUUGGCGCCGCAAUCCGGAUGCUCCGAAUGGUGGAAUAACGAACGUUGCUGCACCACCUGCACCUCCUACUCUCUACGAUCAACUUGCUGCAAUGAAUCUUAAUUCUAGGGCAACACAAUAUGACGAAGACAGCAGUUACGGAGGGACCACAACUGAGUUAGCGACCGGAGUUAGUGGAAUUGCCUUCUGA